GACAAAGCAUUGACUUUUUGUUGUCAUAUUGGGCAGAGACCCUACAGAUGGCACUGAGUUAAAUGUAAUAAGCUGACAGUGGGAUUAAGUACAUGGUAACAGGCCUUGUUGAAUCCUCCGCUUGCCCCCGCAGCUGAGGAAGUUGCUCUUUGUAGGGUGGGUCGUAGGUUACGUCGCCUUUCUGCUCUCAAUCAAGAGGAUGUGGACCGGGAAGUACAUCCGAAAUCCGGUUGUCCGCUCUCUCCUGGUGAACAUGCUGAGCGACCUGGAUACGAUAGACGUUACAAAGUGGUACAGGUGCAACCCUGACCAACUGGAAGAAUCACUGCAGCCACUGUUUAUCCAAAACCAGCUGGAUGCGGACACCAGGGCUUUUGUGGAACAGAGUGAAGAGAAGUCUACGUAUCUCUUCACCCAAAUCUAUUAUUCUCUCGUCUCAACUGUCCUCAGCCCGCUGGUAUCGCGUACCUCCAUUAAUGGGUUUCUGGGUCGCGGCUCUAUGUUCGUGUUUUCCAAGAACCAGUUCCAGCAGCUGAUGCGGAUCGAGCCAGACUGGGUGACUGACAGACUAUUGGACCUCGGCGCGGGGGAUGGUGGUGUUACAAAGGUGAUGGCACCACAUUUCACGGAGGUCUAUGUAACUGAAGUGUCAUUGACCAUGAAAAGGCGUCUCCGCAAGAAGAAAUUCAAACUGCUGGAUAUAGAUGCGUGGCAGGAGACAGGCUUUAAGUAUGACGUGAUCAGCUGUUUGAACCUUCUCGACCGCUGCGACGAUCCCCUGCAUCUCCUGAAGGACAUCCGACAAUCACUGGUUCCAGGGACGGGAAGACUCAUCGUGGCUGCUGUGAUUCCUUUCCAACCUUGGCUAGAAAUCGGAGGGAGAUGGGAGCGUCCCAGGGAAUACAUAAAAAUUCAAGGCAAGACUUGGGAGGAGCAAGUAAACAGUCUUACAAAUGAGGUUUUCCGAAAGGUGGGGUUUGAGGUGGAGUCCUUCACCCGAUUGCCAUACCUCUGCGAAGGGGACAUAGCAAGAGAUUACUACCUUCUUGAUGAUGCAGUUUUUGUUCUAAAGUCCUCAGAUGAUCAAGUGGCUGCUCCAUGAGUACUACAAGCACAGAGUAUGUAGUUAUAUUUUCAUGAGCAUUCUUGAAUCGCAGUGUUUGACUUUUUUAGAAGUGGCGAGUCGGGUGUGAAGCUCAGGUAACAUAGUUUCAAUGUUCACCAGCCAUCUUGUUUAGUGAGACCUCUACCCAAAAUCCUGGAAGGCAUUUGGCCUAUAAGAAAAUGCCACUAAUGGACUCUGAUGUCAUAACUCUUACACAACCAAGAAAACAUGAGAUUUUUUUUUUUUUGUCGUUACCUGUGCUCACUGGCAGUAUCAUUCUGUAUUGAUGCAGAGGACCCUCUUGAGAUGGUGUUUAACUGGACCCUUAUUUUUCCCAACAAAUUUUCUACCCAAUAUCAGACAGUGAAGAUGGCGCAAGUGAAAGAAAGGCAUUUAAACACCCAUUUUGUAGCCAGUUCAUUAGAAUUUUACAAUAACUUGAAGCAGAACUUUUAAAGUGAGCCCAUGGAAUUCCAGCUUCAAUGACCACAA